CCGGGGCAGCGGCGGCGGUGCGGAAGCAGCGGCAGGAUGGCGGGGCAGGCUCCUGUGCCCUCGUCCUGCGAUUGCUUCGUGGCGCUGCCACCGCACACGGCGUCCCCCGCCGUCAUCUUCGGCAAGAACGCCGAUCGUCCCCGAGACGAGGUGCAGGAGAUCGUCUAUGUCCCCGCUGCCACCCACCGGCCUGGGGACAAAGUCCAGUGCACGUACCUGGAGAUCGAGCAGGUGCAGCACACCCACGCCGUGGUUCUGAGCCGCCCCGCCUGGCUCUGGGGGGCCGAGAUGGGCGCCAACGACCGCGGCGUCUGCGUGGGCAACGAGGGCGUGUGGACACGAGAGCCCACGGGAGAGGAGGAGGCGCUGCUGGGCAUGGACCUGGUCAGGCUGGGUCUGGAGCGCGGCGGCUCCGCCCGGGAAGCCCUGGAGGUGAUCACGGCUCUGCUGGAGCGCUACGGCCAAGGCGGGAGCUGCAAGGAGGAGCCGGUGCCCUUCGUGUACCACAACACCUUCCUGCUGGCCGACCGCACCGAGGCCUGGGUCCUGGAGACUGCCGGCCGCUACUGGGCGGCCCAGCGCAUCCGCGAGGGAAGCCGCAACAUCUCCAACCAGCUGAGCAUCGGCAGCGACAUCACGGCCGAGCACGCGGGGCUGCGGGAGCGGGCGCGGAGCCGGGGCUGGUGGAGCGGGCACGGAGAGUUCAGCUUCGCUCGGGUGUUCUCGCUGGACAAGCAGCCCCCGCGCAUGGAGGCUGCCAAGGCGAGGUUCCAGGCUGGGAAGGAGCUGCUGCGGCAGCACCAAGGUGACAUCACGGCAGAGACGCUGAUGUCCAUCCUGCGCGACAAGGAGAGCGGGAUCUGCGUGGACACGGAGGGGUUCCGCACGGCCGGCAGCAUGGUGUCCGUGCUGCCCCGCGACCCCGCCCUGCCCUGCGUGCACUUCUUCACCGCCACCCCCGACCCCUCCCGCUCUGUUUUCAAGCCCUUCGUGUUCGUGGCUGGCAUCAAGCCGGCGCCGCAGGUGAGGUCCCCGAGCUUCCCGCAGGAUCCGGCCAAGCAGAUCCCGAGAUUCCAGCGCUCCGUGGAUCGGCGGCACGAGCUGUACCGGCGGCACCAGGCGGCGCUGGAGCUCAUGGAGCAGGACCGGGAGCGGGGUCAGCAGCUGCUGGAGACGCUGCAGGAGCUGGAGAAGCAGGGCCUGGAGGGGAUGAGGGAGCUGCUGCAGGGCACUGUGACCCCCAGCCCAGAGGAGCUGGCCGAUCUCUUCUUCGACUGCGUGGAGGCCGAGCUGAAGUUUUACACCUAAACCCCACCCAGGUGGGUGGGCUCAGCUUCCCCCACGGCAUUUCUCAUGGAUAACGAACCACAGAACAUUCCCAGAGUCCGGCUCUGACUCUUCCUGACUCCCUCCGUGGGUGCCAGCCCACAAUUUACCCCGGAGGAAGCACCAGGAGGUGGGCAGGGUGUGGAAUGAGGUGCAGAGGGAUGUGGGAUGGGAUUGGGAUCCCUGCCCACAGCUCUGUGUGUGCUCUCCCCCCAUUUCCAGCCCCUCAGGAUGGCUCUGGGGUGGGAAUCAAGACUUUAUUCCUGGCUGCUGCUGUUGCAGGAUAUUUGGGAUAAUUGCCCAUUCCCUGCACCUUUGGCACCACUCUCCUUCUUCAGAGCCUUGCCUGGGGGCUGGAUGGUGCCAGGAGCUCGCUGGGACGCACUGGAUGCCACCAGAGGUGACAGCUGUGUCCCUCGCGGGCGGGGCUGGCACCAUCCGGGUGUGGCCGUGUCGAUGGCUUUGUCCCCUGCCAGCUCCCGCAGCGCUGCCCGGCGCUCCCACAGCUCCUGCAGCCGGGCCCGGUGCUCGUCCAGAACCUUCCUCCUCCUCUGCCGCGCCCUCCUCAUCAGCUCCCGGUGCAGCUCCAUCAGGAAAUCUGUCAGGGAGGGGCAGGAAUUCCAGAUGUGGCACUGAAAACCGAGAGUGCCCCGUGUCCUGUCCCCACCCGGGCACCUCUGUCCAGAGUGAAGGGAGCCUUCAGCUCCUCCUCCUCCUCCUCGCUGCUGCAGGAGCCUCCUCCCGCCUCUUCCUCAGCUGUGUUUUCAUGGACGGGCUGGAAAUCCAGCUGCAGGAGGUUGGGCAGGGCUGCCAGCACCAGAUCCCUGUGGGAAAAGUGGAGGAAAAGCCGAAUUUUCUGUGGCUGUGGGAUUGGGAGUGGAUGUUCCAUACUCCUUCAGCCCAGCAGAGCCUGGCCUGGGUUUGGGGAGAAGGGAUUCGAAUUUCUGGGAUUUGGGGAGCAGGGAUUGAAUCCCUGAGGUUUGGAGAGCAGGGAUUCAAAUCCCUGGGGUUUGGAGAGCAGGGAUUCAAUCCCUGGGGUUUGGAGAGCAGGGAUUCAAAUCCCUGAGGUUUGGAGAGCAGGGAUUCAAUCCCUGGAGUUUGGGGAGCAGGGAUUCAAUCUCUGAGGUUUGGAGAGCAGGGAUUCAAAUCUCUGAGGUUUGGAGAGCAGGGAUUCAAUCCCUGGAGUUUGGAGAGCAGGGAUUCAAUCCCUGGGGUUUGGAGAGCAGGGAUUCAAAUCUCUGAGGUUUGGAGAGGAGGAAUUCAAAUCCCUGAGGUUUGGACAGCAGGGAUUCAAUCCCUGGGGUUUGGAGAGCAGGGAUUCAAUCCCUGGGGUUUGGUGGGCCAGGCUGUGUUUGAUUUUCAUGGAAUAGUUUGGGUGGGAAGGGAACUUAAAUCCCAUCCAUCUCCAUCCAGGGACACAUUUCACUAUCCCAGCGUGCUCCAAACUGUCCUGGGAGAUGUCCAGGGAUCCAGGGGCAGCCACAGCCACUCUGGGAAUUCCACUCCAUCCCCUCCCAGCCAGGAAUUCCUUCCCCAA